AUGGUAGAAUCUCAACGCGGAAGAGGGAAAUUCCCUCUUUCGACAAGACCCUCAACAUUGGAGAAGUUCGCAUCUACCAAGGGUGACCAGAUGCCGACAGCCAAGUCGAUGAGGCAAGAGAAGGACAACAAAAUUCGCCAAGCUGAGGAAGCAGAAUACCUUGGUCGUCCACCCGACAAUAAAGAGCUGAUCCAGGUCACACAUAUCCUCCCAGGGAAGGAACUUCUCCCGAGCGGGUUGGAUGAUCCAGGAGUGUUUGAUAAUAUUCGAAAGGAAUACCGAAUAUACAUCACCCGCGAUGUACCCAACGUACUAGAUAUCCGUUGUGAAUCAAUGCCUCGUCUACGAAAGGCACUCCACGCAAUCAACUGGGCGAUCCGUAAUAUGCGUCUGUCCAACGACAGUACCAAUAUAUCUCUCCUAGUUCAGAACCCUACCAAUGCUCCCGUCACCAACCUGAUACAAGCUAGACUGGGCACUCGCCCUUACUUCGACUCUCGCAAUCCCGAACUUCUGAACAAUUCUACUGCAAUGGACCGACACUUGUCUCAGCUGACGACAGAAAUCAAUUCAUCAUCAGAGGGUUUGAUUGCGCUCAACAAAACGCUCGGACUACGAGUCAAUUUUGGCCAUGUUGUUAUCACCAAGAAGAAGAGAGAUGCUCAAGAUGAGAUAUCUCACUCUGAUUUGGUCGAUCUCAUGCGCGUAUAUUCUAGGCGUGGAGGUGCGGUCUUCCACACAAGACUUGACGGUUACGAAAAGGUGGAAGAGAUCUUGCGUUUUCUACUGCAGCCUGGAGAGGCGGUCUGUACCAGUGAAGAUGAAAUAAAACGGGGCUGCGAAAUAACUGUUAGAUCCAACGGGCUUGAUAUAAAGACCGAAGGAGACUACACUCAUGGAAAGGGCGUCCAGCUCGCUAUGGUCCGAGCCACCAGACCUGAGCAAUGGGCUCGUUUGAACUGGACGGUUGCUGCACCUGACAUGAACUACGACUGGAACUUUCGAGUGGAUGCUUGGGAUCAAGCAGAAGUACCACUCGAGUUCAAAGAUCUGGCAAGAAAGGUUUCGAUUGCCACUCCGGAUGACGAUACUCUCCUCCCGGUCCCACGCGUCGAUAUCCAUAAACUUGCUAGUUUGAAGGAUAAGAUCACCGAUAUUUGUGCAAAGUCUUGGGUAAUAGUCCCAUUCAAAGAUUCUAACUAUGCACUCAAGUUCAAUAUCACCAAGACUUUGAAGGAACCGGGUGUAGCUGAAGAGCCGGAAGUAACUUGGGGCGUCGAACUGUAUGCUCCUCAUUGGGAAGAAAGUGUGAACCACGCUAGUGGAGGACGGAAAGAUUGGGGCCAGGGGCUGGAAAAUAUUUGGGCUGAGGGAAAUGAUCUCGAGUCGAGGCUCGGAUCCUUCAUGCGUACCAUAUUAGAGGUCCAAGGCCUCCUGACCAGAGCCGAUGCCGGUACUGCCUCGUCAUAG